CGGUGGUCUAGUGCUAGGCAGUAGAAUCGUUAGUAGUGCAGAAUGUACGCACACGUCGUCUUGUUGUUAGGUGCGGCGCUUGUGCAGGGGUCGGGGGCGGUGUGGCAGUGCGGGGCGGACGCUGAGUGCGGGGCGCUGGCCGGGGGCGUCUGCGCGGGGGGCGCUUGCGUCUGUACCCCCCACCAGGAGCCCGUGUUGGGGGGCACGCUGUGUGUUGACCGUGCACCGUACCACCUGUCCAGCUGCGUGGAGGACCACCAGUGCGCGCGUCUCGUCACCAGAUACCACUGCGCGGUGCAGGAGGACGGCGAGAGCAGCUGCCUCUGUCAGGCCGGCCACCACUACUUCAGCGGGCGGUGCUGGGCGACAGCGGCGUUCGGGGAGGCGUGCACUGCCGACGAGCAGUGUCUGGACACUCCGCGGGACCCUUACAGCCUCAAGUGCGAGGGCACCUGCGUGUGUGCUGACGGGUACUACCAGCGACAGCGGGGGGAGUGCAGGAAGAGAGCAGCAGCUGUGGGUGAGCGGUGCGUGCUGGACCAGGACUGCGACUUCACCGACGGCGCCUGCGACGCCGCCUCCUUCACCUGCUACAACGUCAAUGAUGCCAGCACGCGGACAGUCCAACAGGCAGCGAACGUCACCGAGCACGCCGCCAUCUUGUCCCGCGCGAACAAGAUGGCGCGGCAACAUGGCGGCGCGUGUGACGCCGCCAGCCCCUGUCCCAGCCCCUUCGAGUGCUCGGCCGGCGCUUGCCUGUGCCCCUGGGGGUACUACCCCAGUGCGAACGGUGCCAGCUGCUUAGCUGAGCUGGGUUCCCCGUCCACUGUGGAGCAGUGCGGCGGCCUGCUGGCGGAGGUGGUGGACGGCCGCUGCGUCUGCCCCGCCAACUUCUUCUACGAGGAGAACAUGAGGGAUUGUGUUAAAGUGACGCGUCGUAUCGAGGAGUCGUGCGUGUCGGACGCGAGCUGCCACACGUUCGGCGCCGCGAGCCGCUGCGGCCCGGCGCAGGAGCCGUGGGGCUUCCGCUACUGCGAGUGUGUGCCCGAGGACGCCGUGUGGGACGCCGACCAGUACAUGUGCAGGCUCUUCGCCGGUGUGGGUGAACCGUGCGAGGUGGACGGCGACUGUAUGGCGGGCGAGCUGGAGGUGCAGUGCCGGCGGGACGAGCUGGGUCAGGGCUACUGCGCCUGCCCCGACCACCUCACCGAGCUCGGCGGCCUCUGUCUCACCACCGGCCUGGAGCUGGGCGAGGCCUGCCAGGACACGUUCGAGUGUACGGGCACGGACAACACGGUGUGCGCGGCCGGCGCCUGCACCUGUGCGGAUGGAUACGUGGCCGAUGAUGAUAACAACAUCUGCGCGCCCAUAAUCGGCGGCGCGUGCUCUGUGGACGGUGACUGCGUGAUCGAGCACACGGUGUGCAGCAACACCACCGGCACCCUCACCUGCCAGUGCGACUAUCUGUUCAUUGAGUACGACGACGCUUGCUGGCCUGCUCUGUCGGAGGACAGUCGGUCGUGCGCUGUGUCGGCGCAGUGCGCGGCGGUGCUGGGCGAGGCGAGCGCGUGCGCGGCCGGCGAGUGUGUCUGCAGCGACAACCAUCACGAGCGGGAUGGCCGCUGCUGGCCUAUUACUGAGCUGUUCUCGUCGUGUUCCCGCAGCAGCGAGUGCUACCUGCGCGAGGGCUCGGAGCGCGCCGUCUGCCGGAACGGCCUGUGUCAGUGCGACUUCGCCCACCCCUACUCCGACGACACCGGCACCUGCAUGUCCGGCGUGGCGGCCAUCAGCGGCAGUGUACUGCUGGUGUUGGCGGCGUUGUAUGUGACGAGACAUUGAUAUUGUGAUAUUAAAACUGUAAUUUAUAUUUUAUACUUUUAUAUCUAUUUAUAGUGUAAAUAAAAGCUUAGAUGACGUACUU